AUGGAUGUUGACAUCCCUCCAACAAGGAUAGCGGAACUCCUUCUUUGGUAUAGGAGCGUGGAGGUUUUAUCAUUCCUUUUGGAUGGAUAUGUGAAUCCAGAAUGGCCAACAAAAAUGAUAAAGGCAGGGUUGCUAACGGGACGAUCAUUUUUGGGGAAAGCUUCAAACCUUAAAAAGUUGUUCUCCGCAAGAUCUAUCUACAUAGUUGACGCAAUCUCUCGUUACGGGGUGAUGAUGUUUCUGUUCUUGGUGGGAGUGAAAGUAGAACCACGUUUAGUUUUUAGAACAGGGAAAAAGACUUUGGCCAUUGGCUUAUGUUCUUGUGUAUUCCCACUCCUUUUUAGCUUAGGUGCAGCUUAUAUUCUAAAGCAAUAUUUGACCCCGGAUUUAAAGGUUUACAAGUCCCUAUAUUUUAUUGCGGCUUUCUCAUCAACUGGUUCCUUUCAAGCCACUACCAGUGCAUUGCAAGAUUUUAAGCUCCUAAAUUCCGAGGUUGGUCGAUUAGCAAUCUCUUCAUCUAUGAUAAAUGGAGGGUUCAGUGCGUUGUGGCAAGGCAUCGUAGUCUCGCACCGAACAAAAUCUAUGCAAAAAUACACAGCAAAAUCUUUUUCAUUCGGUAGCAUCAGUCUGAUUGCACUGCUGCUUGUCAUCCUGUGUAUUUGUCGACCUAUCAUGUUAUGGAUGAUACGCAUGACACCCAAAGGGAAACCCGUGAAAGAGUCCUAUAUAGUUUCCAUCUAUGUCAUGGUGUUGGGGUGUUCAUUAUUUGGUGAGGUCAUUGGGGAGCACUACAUGAUUGGACCAUUGAUUCUUGGCCUAGCAGUGCCAGAAGGUCCACCUCUUGGAUCAGCAUUGGUAGAGAGGCUUGAUACCUUCAUCUCGGGACUGCUUUUGCCCUUGUUCUUCUUAACUUCCAGUAAUAGAUUCAACUACGAUCUAAUUUCUUUCGAUGACUUCAUAGUUGUACAACUUGUGGCCUUAGGUAACUUCUUUGCCAAGCUUGCAGGAGUCGUUUUGCCCUCACUCUAUUGCAAGAUGCCACUCACUGAUGCACUCGCCUUAGCUCUCAUCCUUAGUGCCCAAGGCAUCUCACAGUUGGUGCAUUUUCAAAGUUUACAAACCUUUCGUAUUAUAGAUGAUAGAGCGUACACGCAAAUGGUGAUAGCUUUAAUAUGGUUGACAGCAGCUUCCAACCCUAUAGUCAAAUUCUUGUAUGACCCAUCUAAAAGUUACUUGUCUCUAACAAGGUGGAGAACCAUUGAGCAUUCUCCUCCCGACGUUGAACUUCCGAUCAUUGCAUGCAUACACUGUGAGGAAAACACUACAUCCAUGAUCAAUUUUCUAGAAAUAUCUAACUCCAGAGUUGAAAGUCCCAUUUACUGCCAUGUUCUACACCUGCUUAAACUGAAAGGUAGAACAGCCCCACUUUUGAUAGAUCAUGAACUCAAGUGCAGCAGCAAUCUAUCGCGCUCUAAUCAUUCAGUGAACAUAAUAAAUGCCUUUAAAUCAUAUCAGAAACACAGCAGAAGCGUGAAGGUGAAAGUCUACACAUGUAUCUCCCCUUAUGAGACAAUGCACGAUGAGAUAUGCAUGCAGGCUGCAGAGAAAAGAGCAUCCAUAUUAAUUGCACCUUUUCACAAGCAAUUUAGAACAAAUGAGGUUAUAGAAUUAGCAAACCCCAUUAAAGCAUUGAAUCGCCAUUUGCUGAGAACCGCACCUUGUUCCGUUGGGAUCUUAGUUGAACGCGGGAGUUUUGUUAGCAACAACCCUCUAACAACUCUAUCCUUUUAUAAUGUUGCAGUUGUAUUUAUAGAAGGGCCAGAUGACCGUGAAGCAUUGGCAUAUGCAAUGCGCAUAGCAGAUCACCCCAAUGUAAGUGUCACUGUAAUUAGGAUAACAGAACCUCGCAAGAAAAGUAGAAUUUCGAUCAUAAGAGACCCUGAUGCUGAAAUAGUUCACAAGUUUAUGAUCAGCUACCUCCAAAUGAAACGACAUGAUUUCAAAGAACAAGUUGUGAGAGAUAGUCUUGAAAUGGUUGGUGUGAUUAGAACACUCGAAGGUUGCUUUGAUUUGAUUUUGGUGGGUAGACGCCACGAGAGUGAGUCUUCAAUGUUCUAUGGAAUGAAUGAUUGGAUGGAGUACCCAGAACUUGGAUCUGUAGCAGACAUGUUAGUGUCUUCAGAUUCUACCUUUGACGGCUCAGUUUUGGUGGUGCAGCAACAAAAUAAGUUAGGGGGAAUGGUUGGUCGUCAAGAUUAUUACAAUUCAGUAAAUUUUUUCAGCCGGCGUGAAGUACCGACCGUUUUGGAUGUGCAGCCCGAAACAACGGGGUGGCCAGUUAUUUAACCUUUGAAUUCAGCGUAUCAGAAAUAUAGUUGUAGAUUUCGUGCAUGGAGUACUUAAACAAUUUACUAUCUUUUUUCUUAAUACUUUCUAGGGGACUAAACAUUUGCCAAUUUGUAAAGUGUAGGCCUAUAGAUUAUAAAGUAAUAAAAAUUAAGGCAGUAUGUUUCUUUGUUAAUGAAGAUUGGUAUGGGUAAAGAGUGAUUAAGAUUGUAUAUGUGACGAGGAAUCAAUUAAUAUUGUUUUUGAGGGAGGUGUGAUUCGUAAUGAAAAAGG